AGAAAGCUUCUAUAAAUGCUUCUAUUAAUAUAUGAUUUUAAGCAUGCAAAACCAGAAGGAGUUAAAGUUCCUCGUAAUUUUCGCUUGUUGGAAGAACUUGAAGAAGGACAAAAAGGAGUAGGCGAUGGUACGGUUAGCUGGGGCCUUGAAGAUGAUGAAGAUAUGACACUUACAAGGUGGACAGGCAUGAUUAUUGGGCCACCAAGGACAAAUUAUGAAAACAGAAUAUAUAGCCUGAAAGUAGAAUGUGGACCUAAAUACCCAGAAGCUCCUCCAUCAGUUAGAUUUGUAACCAAAAUUAAUAUGAAUGGAAUAAAUAAUUCCAGUGGAAUGGUGGAUGCACGGAGCAUACCAGUGUUAGCAAAAUGGCAAAAUUCGUAUAGCAUUAAAGUUGUACUUCAAGAGCUAAGACGUCUAAUGAUGUCCAAAGAAAAUAUGAAGCUUCCACAGCCACCAGAAGGACAAACAUAUAACAAUUAAUUUUAGUGGAUCUCAAACUUGUCUUAAAUCAGCAACCUUCUAUUCAUGUUAAUGUCUUGAUUAAAUAUCACAAUGCAGAAUACCCACACAUUAAGUAAAAAAAUUCCAGCUGGUAAACAUGACCUGGACAUUUGUAAGAAUAUAUUUAAUAUAUGUACACCCAUUAUGAUUUUAGGUAACAGGAGGAAAAAUGCAGCACAAUUUUUUUUCUCUUGUUAAGGCGCUGUCAUUUAAGCAUAAACCUGGAGUACUCAAAAUAGAAUUCAGGUUUACAAGAUGAAAGCGUGGCGAGAAGUGUCAGAUGGCUGUUUAAGCAUGUGUGUUUUUGAAAAGUAAAAGUCUCAAGAAGGAAAAACAAAUGGCAUGCUUUAUCCAUCUUGCUUAAUGAAAGAGCUUAGGUUGAAAUUGUCUAAAGUAGCAGGUACAAUGAAUAUUGUUACAAAUUGUGUUAAUUUUUGAAGCGGUGUGGGUGCUGACUACUAGUAGUAUCAAAAAUAUGUUCAGGAUUGUUUUGAUACCUGUAUUUAUAAUUAAAAAAAAAUGUCUUGGGCGAGGUCGAUGAAUUUCUGUUAAAAGCUGUUCCUGUGUGUUAUAUGUUAACAGACAUGGUAAAUAUUUGUUUACAGUCUUUGUUUGACAAACCAUGCAUUUAAGAGUAAGUGAAAUCAAUAAAAAGGAAAUAGGUGUAUGAAUAUGUGAUUUUGAGAUUAAAGAUUGUCUUAAAAUGUAAAUAAAAUGUGGAACAUGUCCUCAGAAA